AUGGUUGAAGAAGAUUUAGAUCAAAUUAAUCAAGAGUCAGAAAUGAACAAUGAAAAUAAUCAAGAGCAAAAAGGAAAGUUAAUAAUUGAUCAAAAUCAAGAAUUCUUAAAUUUUUGUCAACGAAGCAAUGGAGUAGUUUUUUUUGGGCCUAUUGGUAGCGUAAAACGUUAUCAAAUUGACUUUUCGAUUCCUCCUACGGAACCCCUAGGAGUUAAAGAAGAUAUUUUUAUCGAUGAAACUAAUUUACUUUUUAAAGGAAAUAUUGUGCAAGAUGUCCGCGAGAAACAACGCCACUUAAUGCACUUUAUGGCUUUAUCUCGCCAACAAGGAGUAAGGGUAUUUGCUAAUGGGCAAAGAUUAGGGCAGUUUAGUAUUGAGCAACGAGAAAUUACUACCGCGGUGUGCCAAGUCCAAAUGCUCCAAAAAACCGAUGAAGGAAUUUAUACUCGUUGUGUAUUGUGA